UAGAUAUUCUCCUUUAUUAACCUUCAUGCUAAUAAAGUAACAACACAAAGAAGUAUCAUAAGGAAAAUCUCACGCCUAGCCUCCUGCAGUAUACCUGAUUGGGUCAUCUUUUGUUCACAAAAUCUCCUGUGUCUGUCACCUUUUCUCUCUUUCUUUUCCUCGCCUUCUCUUCUCUGUCUUAAAACCCUUCUUUUUUCAGCCUUUCCGUGUUUCAAUGGAAUCUCUUUCAAGAACGGUGUUUAUGACUAACUCAGAGACACACCCAAUUCUCAAUAACAUCCCUUCUUCUUCAUUCAAAUUACACAACACUAAGCCAACCGGGUCUCUCAAAUUUGCCGAAACUCCCCACUUCUCUUCCCUUCGUCUUCAAGCUUUAGCACGUGAUGUUUCAGGUGAUGCUGACGAUCAGGGGCCGUUUACUAAUAAUGGGUUUGGCUUUUUUUCCGAUGACAUUCUCUCCUUUCCUCAGGAUAACAUAGAGCAAAGUGAAAGUAGUGAAAAGGAUGCAGAGAACAUAUUGAAGGUGGAAACACCUCUGAUUGUACCACAUGGAAGCGGAAUCGGUGGGGGAACCAGAGCUGGGCUUUUUAGAACACCAAUUUCUGGUGGAGUGCAGAGUGCUACAUCAGUUCAUGGCUUACCUCGACCAGCCUUGGCAGUCCGCAAUUUGAUGGAGCAGGCUAGAUUUGCUCAUCUGUGCACUGUAAUGUCUCGAAUGCACCAUCGACGAGAAGGAUAUCCAUUUGGUUCCUUGGUGGAUUUUGCACCAGAUCCAAUGGGGCAUCCUAUUUUUUCAUUUUCACCAUUGGCCAUCCACACAAGGAAUUUGCUAGUUGACCCCAGAUGCACACUUGUUGUGCAGAUUCCUGGGUGGAGUGGCUUAUCAAAUGCAAGGGUAACAAUCUUUGGAGAUGUUUUUCCUCUCCCAGAACACCAACAGGAAUGGGCUCAUAAGCAGUACAUUGCAAAACAUCAACAAGGGCCUACCCAGCAAUGGGGGAAUUUCUACUAUUUCAGGUUGCAAAACAUAAGUGACAUAUAUUUUAUUGGAGGCUUUGGCACUGUUGCUUGGGUUGAUGUCAAGGAAUAUGAGGCCCUCCAGCCUGAUAAGAUUGCAGUUGAUGGAGGGGAGCAAAAUCUCAAGGAACUAAAUGCAAUUUUCUCAAAACUGCUUAAAGAGCUCUUAUCCUCUGACACGGAGGUAGAUGAUGCCGCCUUCAUAUCAAUAGACAGUAAAGGAACUGAUAUUCGGGUCCGUCAAGGGGCUCAGUUCAACAUACAGAGGCUAUCAUUUGAGGAUGGGCAUGCUGUUGAAACUCUAGAGGAAGCCAAGGCUGCUCUUUGGAAAAUAAUAGAUAAAGGCCAAGUGCACAGUUUGCAGAAAUAAAAAUUGGGCUACUUAUUGUGCAAUCUUUCUUUCUUUUUUCUUUCCAACCUUUUUGAUUGAGCGUGAAGCAAGGUAACCACAUGAAACCGAGUUUGUGUCCUUCACAUCUAAAUAACCCCAUCAGUUUCCCCCCCCUGUUUUCCCCUUUAAUCUUCAUGUAACCUAAAAACUCUUAGGACAUGUUAUAGAUGGACUAUUAUUUAUACACAGGUAUCUAUCUAGAUAAUGCUGAAGAUUUUGGUAGCAA